AUGAAGGAGACCAGUGCUGUUAAUGUUAAAUGGACCUCCCACGUUGAGUUUGUUGUGGCGUUACUUGGAUAUUCCAUCGGUUUACCGGAAUUCUGGAGAGUACCGUAUUUGACCUACAGGAAUGGAGGGGGUCCUUUUAUUAUCGCCUACAUCCUGUUGAUGCUGGUGUGCGGGCUUCCGUUGUACUUCCUAGAACUAGCCCUGUCUCAGUACUCGGGCAAAGGACCGUGGCGAUUUUGGGAUAUCUGUCCGUUAUUGAGAGGUAUUGGUAUCGCCAUAGCAGUCAUCAACGCUAUAAGUGCCAUUAACACAGCCAUUUUGGAAGCCUGGGCAUUGGAGUAUUUCGUGAACUCGUUUAAAUCAGUUCUGCCGUGGACCAACUGUGACAAUGACUGGAACACCCUAGCGUGUUACCGUGAAGGAUCAAAUAAACUUCUUUGGAACAUGUCCAUGUACAACAGCAGUGUAUACAACCAUAGCAUUGCAAAUGUAACAAUUACACCUGGAACAAAUCACUCGGUGGAUUCUGUUGACGAGUUUUGGCUGUAUCGGAUCCUGAGAAUUUCUGAUGGAAUUAACGACAUUGGAGCUAUCAGUGCUAUAUUUGUGGUUUACCUAUUCGGGAUGAGACUAGUGGCGGCAAUAAGUAUUGUGAAAAGUGUCGAAAGUAUGGGAAAGGUGUUGUAUGUUACUGCCCUGUUACCUGUGGCCCUAGUCCUAAUAAUCUGGGUUCGAGCCUUGACAUUAACCGGUGCUACCAAAGGGAUAAUGUAUUUUUUAUCUGCUGACUUCAGAAGGUGGUUUUUCCAUAGGAUUCAUCGCCUAUCCCAAAGCCCUGAGUUAUUUCCCCUUACCACAACUCUGGCAAUAUUGACAGAACCAUUUCUGAUGAUUCUUGAAGAAAUGUUCCCCAAAGCUCUGAACAAUCGAAGGAUUCCACUUUUGGCUGCCGUCAGUGUUGGGAUGUUUCUUGUCGGCUUACCCUAUGCUACUCAGGCAGGAGUCUACAUAUUUCUGCUGGUUGACUGGUACACUGGAACUUGGAGCGUUAUGCUGAUGUGUAUGGCCGAGUGUAUUGUCUUUGCAUGGAUUUAUGGCACCCACAGAAUAGAUCGUGACGUUCGCCUGAUGCUUAACAGACCCCUUCCAACUAUUGUUCGUAUAAGUACAGCGUUCAUUAUGCCAGUUUUUCUCACGCGGAUCAAACACCUCGCACGACACACACUACAGUGGAUUCCAGCAAAUGAGAAGGCUGAGGAAAUCUACAGGGACUCUGAACGUUCAGCAGAAUUUACCUGGAAACAACUGUUCUGGUUUAAUCUUACAGGACAAGGAGGCAUUGUUAUAAAUGACUGUGGGGACUCUGUCCAAAUGCUGUAG